UUUUUUGCCAAUAAUGGAUUCCGAUUCAUGGAGUGAUCGUCUCGCUUCAGCUACGAGAAGAUACCAGCUCGCUUUUCAAUCCCGAUCUGAUACGUCCUUAGGGUUUGAAAAGGUAGAUGGAGAAGAAGAGCUCAGGGAAGAGUUUGCUUGCCCUUUCUGUUCUGACUACUUUGACAUCGUGUCUCUCUGCAUCCACAUAGAUGAAGAUCAUCCUAUGGAAGCCAGAAAUGGGGUAUGUCCGGUUUGUGCGCUUAGGGUGGGUGUUGACAUGAUUGCUCAUAUAACCCUUCAGCACGCAAAUAUAUUCAAGAUAUCCUUUUUUUUGUUCCCACAUCUGCCAAGUCUUAUAUGCCGAUCAAUUUUCUCUGCUACCUUAACGAGACAUUACAUGCAGCGCAAGAGAAAAUCAAGAAGAGCCGGGUCACAUUCCACGUUGUCCAUCUUGAGGAGAGAGUUUCCUGAUGGAAACUUUCAGAGCCUCUUUAACGGAUCUUCGUGUAUAGUAUCUUCUUCCUCGCCAUCCAAUGUAGCGGCUGACCCAUUGUUGUCGUCCUUCAUCUCACCUAUUGCUGAUGGGUUCUUCACAUCCGAGUCUUGUAUAUCUGCAGAAACCGGUCCUGUGAAGAAAACAUCAGUUCAGAGUGUACCGGAAAGGAAUGCAAAAAAAGCAUCUGUUUCAGUUGAGGAUCAUAAGCAGAAGGAGAAGCGGAGCGAGUUUGUUCGUGAGCUACUGAGCUCUACGAUUCUUGAUGACGGCUUA